GACAAGAGCUGUGUGUACGUAUGUAUGGUGGACUUCUUUCGCGCCGUACGUAGCCAACCAUGUUAAGCGGAGGAGCUGGGUUUUUUUUGUCGAGGAGGCCAAGAGGAGGAUAGGAGGAAGAGCAGGGGGUUAAGAGGAGAUUAAGAGGUGCAAAGUUAGCGGAGGGAAGGUACAACAGGAAGUCAGCAGCAGGAGGUUAGGAAGAUGAGGAGCAGGUCAAGAGGUGGAAGAUAGCAGCAGCUCAGAAGAACGAGUGUGAGAAGGAAAUCCAGGUGGUCCUGCAAAAGGGAGGCGGCGCGAAUAACAAACAAAAAGCGGAGGACUUUUUUUGACGUAAAAACUGAAGGAAGAGGAGGCGGUCAGGAGAAGCUCGUUGAGAAUUUGACGAAGCAGAGCGCAGAGCGUGACACAAAACGGGAGGCCCUGCAGGGGGUGGAGGCUGAGCAAGGUUCCAGGCGGAGGAGAAGGCGGUGACGACCCCAGCAGUCACCGCCUUUGGAGCAGGUUCCCUGUGCUCUGACGCCUGCGAGGACGAUGGCACGCGGAGCCCUCCUGCUCCACGUGAGCGCACUGCUUGCCUGGGUCGCGAGCCCCGACUCAGGGUCGGCACGUUGCGUGCACGACAUGGUGCAGCCCUCGCAUGCCCCCACCGUGGUCCUGUCCUACGCACAACCGCCACCACCACGACCAUCAUCAUCACAACCGAGAGGCGCGUUCAGGGCAGCGACGACGGCUGGUGGUGGUCAGCAGGACGCCCGCCCGAUGAGGAUCCACGUGGAGCUCCUGGCCGAGGAGUUGGGGGGCCUGCAGGCGGAGGAGAGUAGGAGGCUGCAAGCGUCCGUGCAGGCGGCCGUGAGAAGGGUCUCGGAGCUGCUGGCGGUGAUCCCUGUGUCAGGUCCACUGCGUUUGAGCCGAACUCCCAGCAAAUACUGCAAGAGCUUCUGGCCCCAGUCAUAUGAGAAUGGAGGGAAGUGCUCCACUUUGGACAGCAGGUACACUGGGGAGAUGUGUUUGGAAGCAAAGAUCCCUGAGGAGCACCUGCUGGGCUACUCAACGUGGGGCAGCUCGGGUUCCGGUGUGGAGAUCCGUGGGGACGGUCCCGGGGUCCUGGACUCCGACUUCAUCCUCUACGUGCGCGCCGCCGACACCCUCCGCUGCGCUGCCGGGGUCACCGCCUACGCCGCCUACUGUCAGCUGGACCAGGUGGACCGGCCCGUGGCCGCGGCCGCCACCUUCUGCCCCGCGUCGCUCCGGGGCGACGCCUUCAACAGUGAGAGCACGGCGCUGGCCGUAAUUCACGAGCUCUUCCACGCACUCGGCUUCUCCAAGGACCUCUACAGCAAGUGGCGCGACUGCAGCGACUCGGCGCUGGCGCUGGGCCGGGACUGCUCCCCGCGGGCCCAGGUCACAAACGAGGACGCGCACGGGCAGCAGCGCGUGUUCACCCCGGCCGUGCUGCGCGCCGUGCAGCACCUCCUGGCCUGCAACUCCUCCGAGUGCGGCGGGGUCCUGGAGGACGCGGACGGCUCGUCGGUGGCAUCGUCGCACUGGGAGGCGCGCGCGCUGCAGGGCUCCAUCAUGACGGCAUCGCUGGGAGCACCCGGCCUCGUGCUGGUGGACACGGUGACGCUGGCGGCGUUGGAGGACACGGGGUGGUACCGCGUCAACUACAGCCGGGCCGAGCCACUCGUUUGGGGCCGUGGUCAGGGGGGAGACUUCGGUUUGGUCUCCACGUGCUCCACUCCAGAUUCUCCCUUCUUCUGCCAGGGAAGCGGACUAGGGUGCCACUACCUGCACCUGCACAAAGGUCGCUGCGACACUGACUCAUUCCUGAACGGCUGCCGCAUCUACAAGCCACUCGUCAGCAAGGGGGAGUGCUGGCUGGAGGCGAAUGCCCCCUCCGUCGCAGAGCGGAACUCCACGGGCGAGGUUUACCUGAGCAACAGCCGCUGCUUCUUCUCAAACCUCAGCCGACAGGGUGUCCCGUCUAACUCCUCGGGGCUGCUCGGACGCUGCUACGCACACCGCUGCCUCGGGGAGGAGCAGGUGGAGGUGCGCGUGGGCGACUCGGGGUGGACGCCGUGUCCCGCAGGGUCCAGCAUCAAGGUUCCCGGCUAUGACGGGGUGUUGAUGUGCCCCACUGGGAGGCUCUGCCGUGAUUACACGUCAUCGACCACGACCGCCUCAACCACUUCAACAACGACCGCCACAACCACGAUAAUAACCAGGCGAACCAAUUCAACGACGACCACCGGGCCACCCGCAAAGUCAACUGCGACUCUGAAGCCGUCGCUCUCUGAAGCCAGCAGGGGCUUUGCUGCAUUGAUCCCAAGGGAGGUCACAGUGCUGGGAGUUGCGGUCGCGUUCAGCCUAAUGUUCGCCCUGAGUUCCUACUAGAAAUGUCAACUUGAGGACUUUUUAUUCUGAAAGAAGAUACAAAUUUGUGAUUGUAAAACGCAGUGCAAUGCCAUCAUCGCUGUCUGGGAUAUGGCUCCUUUGAAGAGCCGGUCCCCGAAAUUCAAAUCCUGGUCAGGGUCAAUCUACAAUCCAUCAGUCAUCUGCGAUAAGCUGAAUGAAUCAAGCCCACUUAGGAACCACCCAAGCUAUGGACCAAGAUUGAUAGCCUAGUUGGAAACCCUGGCAUUUAUAUUGGUCAUGGAUUCACAUGUAAAAUUGGUGAAAUAAGCACCAUCUGGAGAUGGUGAAAUAUUUGGCAAGUGGAAUCCAAUUGUAGCAAUUAAUUAAAUAAAGACAACCUGGCCAAAGGAAUGACAUUUUCAUCACUUAAGUCAGAAAAUAUAAGUUACGCAGUGCCUCAUGUGUCAAGAUCAUUAUUAAACUGAAAAGCCCCUACAAUGUAAAUGGGAGUGGCCAAACAUCCGAAUGCUGAAAACACCUGCACAUUUUUAAAUUGGUAUUACGAAGAGCAACAUUGGCCUCGACUGUGGAAACCUGGCAGGACCCUCUUGAUAAAGUACAGUACUGAGACCGAGCGAGACUUUCCUGGGUAAACAAGGGGAAUAAUAUGGGCCACAUCACUAAAAUGCAGAAUUUCCACCACUGACGCAGGAUGAAUGGUGAGCAAAGAGCACAGCCUGAUGUCGAAGAGCUGCCACACUAUAAAAUGUAGCAAUGAAUGUUAUCUUUGUGAAGAAACGGUAUAUCCAUAUAUAAAUAAAAACAAGACAACAGUUUCUCAUACACUAAGCGGUCGCAUCGGUAGUUAUUCAUUAUGAAAAAGGUUUUAUUAAAUGAAAGACGCUACACUGGUUGUUUUAUGCAAAAUCACAGAUGUAAAGGUAUAGAGACGCAGUUGGGGUUACCUGGGCCGUACGUUGUAGCCCAGAACCAGUGUGUGAGGUCAUAACAGGGUGCUCACCUAUACAGUAACUCAAAACCAGAGAGAGCUUCACAAGGUAGGAUUAAUAUCAAGUUAUUUUAAAACAUACAAAA